AUGACAUCCAUGCUCCUCGCCCUCCUCACCGCGCCCGCUUUGCUGGCAACGAACGAAGCAAUCCGACAAGGACAAACCAAGGAUCGCCGCGAGGAGCACCGCGCCCGCCGUUCAAAUCUAAUCAUCAGCUGCGUGGCGCCUUCAUCGCGAAGCUUCGAAAUCGACCACCGACAAGUGGCUCUCAAGAAUAACAAAGUUUACAUCAAAGCAGACCCAACAGAUACCUCCCUCCACCCCUUCGCAGGCUACUUCCUCCCUUACCCGGACACCACGCCUCCCUACGAAGGGCUCGUAAGCACCAUAACCGACGAAGCGCCAGUCAUGAACUGGAUCUACAUCGACCGCUCCACCUACGAAGUGAAAUACGGCGUGCGGGCCGACGCGCAACCAAACCUAACCGGGCCCUUCGACUGCACACGCCAAGACCGGCGUCUCACAUUCGAUCGAUGGGAAGGCUUCUGCGCGGUAAAAUGCUAUGAGGGAGAAGAAGCGGACAUGUGGAAGCUGUAUUUCGAUGUCGAUGAUGAUGGGUUGGAGAAGAAGUUAGGGAAGGCGAGAGUUCUCGAGGUAGAGUUAGUGAGGUGGGAGAAGAGGGUUCGGAGGGGACGGCCGUUGGGGGACAUGCGGUCCUAA